UGCCGCACGGCGCGCGGUGAGCGCUGCGCCCCGUCCGCGAGGGAAGGGCGCGAUGCUGGCCGACAGCCUGGUGGAGGAGUUCGAGAUCCGCGAGGAUGAGCCGUGGUACGACCAGCAGGACCUGCAGCAAGAUCUUCACCUUGCUGCUGAGCUUGGGAAGACGCUACUGGACCGCAACACCGAACUAGAGGAAUCUUUACAGCAAAUGUAUGCAACAAAUCAAGAGCAACUGCAGGAGAUAGAGUAUCUCACAAAGCAAGUGGAGCUCCUGCGUCAAAUGAAUGAUCAACACGCAAAAGUUUAUGAACAGCUGGAUGUGACAGCAAGAGAACUAGAAGACACUAACCAAAAACUAGUGGUGGAAAGUAGAGCAUCACAACAAAAGAUACUAAGCUUGACAGAGACUAUUGAAAAUCUGCAGACACACAUAGAUGACCUGCAGAGGCAAGUAGAAGAACUGAAAAAGUCUGGACAAGGCCGGAUGAACCAUGAGAGAUCUGACCAGCCAAGAUCAAUGCAUAGCUUCUCGUGUUUGAAAGAGCUGUAUGACCUUCGCCAGUAUUUUGUUUAUGAUCACGUGUUUGCAGAAAAGAUUACUUCAAUGGAUAGUCAGCUAAAUCCUCUGGAAGAAGAAAAUGAGAACUUGAAGAAGGCUGUUACGGUUCUGCAAGCCCAGCUCAACCUAGAAAAAGAGAAGAGGGUGACAAUGGAAGAGGAAUAUAGUCUUGUGGUGAAAGAAAACUGCGACCUUGAACAGAGGCUUGCUGAUAUUGACUUGUAUCGGGCUCGUGCAGAGGAGUUAGAAGUGGAAGUAGCUGAAAUGCGACAAAUGCUUCAGUCUGAAAACACGCUCCAUAAUGCAGAGAAAUUAGUGCCAGAAUCCUUUUUCAUUUCAUUUAAGGAAUCUUUAGAAAGGGAGCUUGGUCAGAGCCCGGCUGAUGAUGGGCUUCUGACAGUCCCUGAACUUGACAAAAAGGCGCUGAAGCGAAGCAGCAGUGAAAAUUUCCUGAGUAGUGCUGCAGGGGGAGACAUUCUAAGGGGCCAUGAAGAAACGUGUAUCAGGAGAGCUGAAGCUGUGAAGCAGCGAGGAAUCUCUGUACUCAAUGAAGUUGAUGCUCAGUAUAAUGCUCUGAAAGUGAAAUACGAGGAACUUUUGAAGAAGUGUCAAAUGGAUGAAGAUUCUUUGAAACACAAGGCUGUACAAACGCUGAAGCAGUAUUCUAAAGACAAUGUGGGGAAUACCCAGUAUGACCUCUCAGCUAACAAUCAAGAACUCAUGAAUGUGGGAGAAUCACUUAGCUCCACAAAUACUCUUCCUGAAUAUAAAGCACUCUUCAAGGAAAUCUUUAGCUGUAUCAGAAAAACAAAGGAGGAAAUAGAUGAGCACAGAUCUAAGUACAAGUCCCUCUCUUCUCAGCCGUAAUGUUAGAUGUUUUGAUGACUGAUUUGUUGUUGGUGACUAAUUUGUUGUUCAGAAAGGGGGAAAAACUUUACAUGAAUGUCAGAAGACCCCUUGCACAGAUGUUUCUUUUAGCACUCAAAAGGAAUGUUUUCAGUUGGCUCAUAGACACGUAGUUAAGAAGCCAGUUAGAUUAGCAGUGUCCCUGUACCAACGUAGCAAUAGAUGUAAUGUUGUUUAGCACUGUCACGCAAACUAGUAAAGCAAACAAUCAUUGUAGCUUAAUUCUACAAUGCUACUUAAUACUACACUUCUUUUCUGGUCAGAGAAGAAACUAACAAUAGUUUCCCUAGUCCACUUCAAAUUAACAGAGCAAAGAAAUCUGUACAGUACUUCUCACAAUGAAUCAGGCAAAAGCUUUUCUUUGUCUUGCAUGUGAUCAUCUAGCCCUGUAACUAUGUAGAAAAUUAACAAAAAGCCCCAGACCAGUAUCACAGGCAGCCUCUCCUUGAGUCCCAAGAAUGACGUUAGUGAAUCUAGCUGAAUUUGCUUUGGCAGGGAGGUGGAGAGCUAGCACAGCACCUUGCACUGUGCUUGGUUAAGUUAAUGCCAUGUUUUCACGUGAACUGAGCUCUUCUAUGGAUAAGUGUCUUUGUACUGAGAAAGGAUUUGACAUGAAGUUUGUGUGGCUGUUUAGGUAUGGUUUCUUAUUUAGAGGACUUUGUCUUAAGGCAAGAUACUGUUAGAUAAUGUUAUUUGGGACCUACUGUUCUUUUUUUGGUGAGAGGCCUGCGAAGUACCUAGUAGUGUGUAUUUGGCAAGACAAAGUUGCAAUGUAGUUGUUCAACUUUAGCAGUAGAAUUGCUACAGUGAGAGAGCUUUUAAGCUUACCUACCACAAACUCCAAGUACUUGAAGGAGACGGGUCAGGUAAAGCCUUAUCUUACAGGUUUGCCUAUCACUUCCACUGUCAGCUUCUAUGAACCUGUUCCAUGCUGCCUCUGGGGUGGUGGGAGGCUGGAUGCAACACUGCUGGAACAUAUCCUACUGAAAAUGUGGGGCCGUGUUCUUGUUCUUAUUUUCCUUCUCCACUCCCUAAUAGUAGCUCAUAGGUAUUCAAAUUCUGAAAAACAAAACAUGCAGAAGUACAUUCUUUAGAACUGCUUUGAAGUGUGAAGAAUGGAAAACAAAGGCUAAGCAAUUAAGGAGAAAGAAGGCACCAGGAAAGGUGACAUCCUUCUUACACAGGGUCUCAUAGCUUAAUUUGGUUAGCUCUUCUUGGGAACUUCCUUAUUGCCUGUCUGAGUUGCUGCAAUAUACCAAACAGCUGGAAGUGUUGACAACUUCUCAGCUUUAGUUCAACUGCUGCUAUUACAGCUGUCUGCCUUAUUUACCCUGUUAAGCUUGUGUAUAGUUGUCCUUCAUUUGCAGUAUUAAGAUUCUGUAUUGUGGGAAUUUCUCAAAAACAUGUAUUGCGUUCUUAAAAACUAUUUAAAAAUGGGAACUUGAAUGUUGUAAAUAUUUUUCUAAGCAAAUAAAUAAGCCAGUCAAGCUCCACGUGUAACUAGUAACUAUGCCUAUCUGUGCUUAUCUUGUAACAGUAAACUCAGUGCAGAUGGCAGCUGCAUUAUCUAGUCUUGAGAUCGUUCCCAGAUAGCUGAGAUGGAGUUCCCAUUAAAUUUUUAUUCUAAAAAAGUUAUACUAAGUAGAAAAGGAUAGGCCUGCCUGUGCUAGAAAGUCAAUGACGAGUAAGUAGUUUCUCGUGGUGUUUGUCAGUGUUGUUCCAAAAAGAGUGUUGGAGGGGGGGAAGGCAGGAGAGCUGUUGUUCUGCCACCAGGUUAGCUCUGUUUGUCACUGCUUCCCUAGCACUUGGAUUGACAUUAUCUAAAGGCUUUCUACUGGAAAGCAGUAACUUUGAGUAAGUGUUCUGGCUGUCACAAGCAAUCUAUUACUGAUGCUAUUCACUUUGGGGGGUGGGGGAUCCACACCUGUGGGACCAGAAGUUGUGUAAAAACAACACAGAAUUUCUGAUUAAAUAUGUGAUCUUCAGUGGUUUAAUACUGUUGGUGAACAAGGCACUUUCUAUGUAUUUUUUACCUUUUAAAAUAUACAGAACAUUCUCAGAUUUCCACACAACUAUGAUUCUUCUGUAGCGUAACCUGCCUUUGACCACCUGUGCCAUUGCUAAGCUCUGGCUGUACUGUAGCGUACUUUAACACUUAACUGUACAUACCCUGUAAUAAAAGCCUCCAAGGCUCUGUUGUUUUAUAA